AUGGUGAAAGGCACGAAGAGGAAGGCUGUGAUGGAGAAGAUCACGAAACGUGAAUCUGCGGCAACGACUUACACGAAACGAACAAACGGUCUCCACAGCAAAAUAGCACAGCUCUGUCUUCUCACGGACGCGCAGAUCGCCGUGUUGGCCACUCCUCCUUCUGCCAACUCCAACGACCUUGGGAUUUGUUUCGCGAGGAAAGAAUUAGGGUUACCUCAGUGGUGGGAUGAUGAGCGUCUUCUCACAACUAAGAAUCCCGAGGAACUGAUGCGUGCGAUGAACUCUGUUUUGAGAUUGUUGGCAAAAAUCAAAGAGUUGCGUGCACAAGACGCAUAUAAUCAUCAAGGUGAAGAGCAGCCUCCUCCCCUGAAGAAGAUGAAGAAGAGUAACAACAACGAGACAGUAGAGAAAACAGAACCCACGGAACAAACCCUAGUUCUCCAGUCCGGUUCUAGUGAGGAACGUGUCGAAACCCUAGAAUACAACAAUGUUUUGACAGAUGAGGAGCUUCAGAUCAUGUCUACUUGUGAUAGUCUUUGUGGUCCACACAACAACAACAUCAAUGAUGAUUCCUUGGAGAUUGAUUUUGAUCAACUCAUUGAUCUUGAUUUCGAUUUUGAUUUCGAAUCUCUUGAUUCUUCUGACAACAGCGAGACCUUGAAGAUGGCAGAAGAGCCUGUGGAUCAACCUCUCAUUCUCCAAGACAAGAACAACAACAACAACGCCUUUUCAACUGGAGAGAUGAGCUUAGAUUACUCUGAGAUUGAUAUCCAUCAAUUCAGUGAUUUUGACUUGGACACCACUUCAGUGUUCGUUGAUGAUUUGAUUUUGGAGUCUACUAACUCUGCGUUAUUGAACUGGGUACCUUCUGUUGAUGAUGGCUUUGUGGACACUAACAGUAUUCCAGAGCAGUUUCAAGAGACUACCAAUAGUAGUUCUGCAUUGAACUAUUAUGAUGAUGCAUCUGCUUUGAAUGAAGAAGACACCAUCUUCUCUGAUUAUCUCACUCAGCUUCUGCAGUUUUGA